AACACAAAAACACGAACGAUCCUCUCCGGAGGCCAUGAGCUGAGCGCCUUCUCUCUUCUCCCCUCCUCGGACACAUAGGAUUCGGCGCAUCGGCCCGUACGGACCUCCCCCGGCUCCCCGCUUCGAUUCCUCCGGAUUUCUUGCUCCCCAUGGCCUCCCCAGAAAUCUCCAUUGAUAUCUGCCCAGAGUUUAACACGUUUGAACAUUUAAGAAGCACGAGAUAUAUUGCAACAGAUAGACCAUGGCUGAAACUAUAUGGAGUAAGAGUCCAGCCUGUAUCACCAUUCAGCAGUUUGAGCAGUUCACCUGAUCUGGCACUCAUUCACCAGUGCUUACCUGAUGAACUGCUUUUCGAGAUCUUUGCAAGAAUGAGCCCAUAUACUUUAGGGAGGGCUGCUACUGUCUGCCGCAAGUGGAAAUAUACUGCACGAAAUCCUACAUUGUGGCGGAACGCUUGCCUCAAAACCUGGCAGAGGAAUGGAACGGAGGCAAACUACAGGUUGUUGCAGUUGUUGUAUGAUUCUUCUUGGAGGAAAAUGUGGACGCAGAGACCAAGAAUUCGAAAUGAUGGUCUCUAUGUUAGUAGGAACACAUAUAUCCAUACUGGAGUUACAGAAUGGCAGUUCAAGAAAACUGUCAAUGUGGUUUGCUACUACCGUUACUUGAGAUUCUUUCCAAGCGGGAAGUUCCUGUACAAGAUUUCCCCACAGAAAGUUAAAGAUGUUGUCAAGUACAUGCAUUUCCGAGCAUCAAAAGGAGAUUGUGUGUUUAAAGGUGACUACACACUAUCAGGGGAUGGCCAGAUAGAAAUGGCACUCCUAUAUCCAGGGCAUCGCUACACACUUGUUAGGAUGCGCCUUAGGGUUAGAGGCACUACAAUUGGCGCAAAUAAUAGGCUAGAUGUCUUAAAGAUCUUAACCACGGGGGUGAAUGGAACUGAACUGAGAAACUGGAAAGGCAACAUACUUGAACUUGUUGAGGGCUGGGGGGAGGAUGAGACGCAUGACCCAGACGUGCCUGCUGUUUCCCACAGCAGGGGUUUGACUCCCUUUGUGUUUGUUCCAUUUGAGGAGGCUGAUACUUCAGUGCUAAACUUACCAGUGGAGAAGAUGGAUUACUUCGUCCCUGGGUGAGCACCUCAUGAAGACAGAGCACUAUGAUAGAGAAUGGGGAUGAUCGAUAAUCUCAUUCCAGGCUGGGUUGAUGUUAGAACAAAAUGUACAUACUAGUACUUGUUUUAUUUCCUUUUCUGGGUUGCAGGUAUGUUGUUGCAUCUUUAUAUGCUAUGUAUGUUGUUACUUUCUAGCGGGCCAGAAAAUAACCACCAUGUUUAGGGUGGAGGCAUGCCCCCAGCCCCGCAACAAAGUUAUGUGUAAUUGGCUGGGAGGUAUGUUGGCCUGGGAGGUAUUCCAGGCUAGAUAUCAUGAAGCCUGGACAAAGCUAUGCAUAAUUGCCGGUAUCAAUCGUUGUCUAUUUGAAUAA